AGACAAGAGUGCAGAAAGUUCAUGAAGAUUGUUAUAAAUAAUUUUGUAUUGUAAUAUCCUUCGAAGUUCGAAGUCCCAAUUUUGUUUUGUUGGAAUUUUGCGCAGGCAUCCCACAUUCCGAUAAUCUGCUGCAGGAAACCAGAUGAUAACAGACCGUUUAGAAACAUAAUAUAGGUACGGUCUAUCACAGUAACUUUUAUACCAGUCGGGGCUUAGACGUGUUAACGAUAAGUUGUAUGAAAUAAAAGAUCGAAUCCGAAUAAAUUCCAACAAGUACAUAGGAAAUAAUAGUAAAUAAACAAAAAAAUAGCUUGGAAAUGUAGAAAUGGAAAUAAAUAAAAAUAGUAUCGACAAACUUUAAAUAAUUCUACGCCCGAAUUUCUUCUGCUAUUUUUAACGCCAAAUAUUUAGUUGCUAUAAAAAUUAGGAGUGACUUAAACAGUUUUUUUAAAAGCGGUUAUUCUAAUAUUAUUUUUUAUAGAAAUUCGAAAAAAAAAAAACAAAAUGAGGUGUGAAAUACCAAUUUUGCUGCGGUGUUGUUUUUGUUUUCCUCUUCGAUAUGGUUUACUUGUUUGGGCAUACUUAAAGCAGAUAAGCAGCAUAUCCUUCUCAACUGUCAUGAUUAUAAAAUUAUGUCACGACUACUACAGGAUACAAGCGUCGGGAGCUGUGAUUUCUUCACUAAUAAUACUCUUAAUGAUCUUGGACAUCGCGUUUAACGUUCUAUUCAUUAUAAGUGCGCAUAAAAAAGACUACAAGAAAAUGAGGAUAUUCUACAGAUAUAGUAUAGCUGUUUUAUGUCUGAACGUGGCUAUAGUUGGUUUUUGUAUAGCAAUGUAUGCGUACUACGUAUACGUGGCUCCUAUUAUGAUAAUAUUUAUAUGGUCAUUUAUGGUGCCAACCCUGGUUAUGAUUAUUGUAAUGGUUUUUUUGCAAGGCUACCUCAUAAUUCUCGUAAGAAGUGAAUUCAUCAAACUGAAAAACAACUCCCAGUUUGAAUUCGUGAACCAUGGGGCUGAUGAGAAAUGUACUGCCAACCUUGAUUUCGUCAAAGAGAUCCCUGGGACUGUAUAAUAUUACC